UUUAACUCGCUGUCAUUGGUCCGUUGCUGCUUUGACUGACUGACCCGUCCACGCGCAGGGUACACGGAAGAGAUCACACAGUUAGAGGUCCUGGAGCAAGUCUGAUCGAUUGUGUUUGCCAGAGUGUGGAGGAAUGGGUACCAGUGUGCGUCGAAUCAGCAUUUCCUCUGAACCGGGCAAAAUCUUCUUCUUGCGGGUGAAGAGGGGGGAAGAUCUUGGGUCGGGCUUCAGCGUUGUGCUCUGCGAUGGUCAGUCUGCCUGGAGUGGAGCAGUGUCUGAAGAGGAGGUGUCCAGAGAGGCUAAGGAGAUGGAAAUGAAGAGAGAGAACUACGUUAAGGACCUCAGCCAGGCUCUUCUUACUGAAAGAUCCCAGGAGCCUGUUCGUUACAGCUUUCAUGUCUCCAGAGAUGGAUUGGAAACUGGUGCUCUCCUUUUGUCUUACGACAAAGUGCAGAAAGAGAUCUCGUUUAAACUGGGAUCAGUCGAGCUGCAUGCUGUCGCAGAGCCCAUUGAAGUUAUUAAAGAGCUGAUUAGCCAUGGACUGGAGCACAGCACUGAGCUGCAAGCCAGGAAUCAACACCUGCAGGAGGAGAAUGAGAAACUGAGACGUGAAUGGGAGUAUGUUACUGGAGAACUAGAGAAGUAUGUCCAGGCCAAGGAGACACUCGAGGGGGACCUGUACACUCGCUUUGCACUUGUCCUUAAUGAGAAAAAGGCAAAGAUAAGAAGCCUGCAGCAGAAGUUAAAUCACCUACAAGGGGAUAUGGAAUCUGUGAAUGUGCCGAGAAGAGACACUGCCACGGUUGAAAGGAAAAAUCCCGAAGAGCCAGAUUAUGAGGGAACAACGGAUGAAGAAAAUGAAGAGAACAAUGCUUGUUCCCAAUCUUCAGCAUCAGCCAGGGACAAGCCAGGACUGAGCUCCCUGGACGUCAGCCUGAAUGACACCAUCGAUGUGGCUCCCAGUAGGAAACGACGGCAGCGCCACGUCAGAGGUCAGGAGUCAGACGCCAAGAAAGGAUCGAAGGAGGGUCAGGAGAAAGGACGAGUGGAAUCCGCACCGAAGACGUCUGACGUCAGCAAUGAAGCACCACAGGGGUCUACAAACACAGCCAGCAGUGCCCCUGAACCAGAAGAUCUCUUCGAUGACAUCUAGCCUGGACGUCUUCUACCACAAGAUUAACUUUCCAAAGAGUUCUGUUUUUCUUUCAUGUGCAAAAUGAUAGAAAAUUAUCCCAAAAUUGCAACGUCUAAUGUCUUCCUAUUUAGACUGCAGUAUAAUAAGUGCUGAUACUUCAUUUGGGAAUAAUAGUACAGUGACUAAAAAUGAAAACAAAAUCCUCAUGACAUUCUAAUAUAAAACUAUAGACGAGACGUGUUCCUCCAGGACAAGGAAAGCUAGUGUUCAGGGGUAGGUAGAGAACAUUUACUAAAAUGGUAUCAUGCUUAUUUAGUUCUGAUUACUUUGAGCAUUAUUCACAACAAUUUAGUUUUAAGCCAGGAAAUUGUUAACACUCAAUUAUUCUAAUUUUUACUUUUGUUUAAAACAACACAAAUGGUAGGGCUAAUGUCAGUGAAGUUUGUCGGCAAAAUAAACUAGCUUUAGAUAAUGAUUUGUAAUUACAGACUAACUGUUUUAAUUACAGGCUGUGUUAAGAUAAAACGUUUACAAAACUGGAUUGUGCCGAAUUUGUCAAAAGGAAAAGAUAUUUUCUUUUGUUUCAAAAGAAUAUUAAAUUCCACCAUUCAAGCUGAGGCUUUUGACUUUGUACAGAAUUACUGAAAGGUUUGAUUAAAUCGUUUGAUUUCUCCUUCUUGUAUUAGAACUUCAGCAAUAAUUCUUAAAGUCUAAAGAAUAUUCAGCAAAAAUGAGAUUUUUCACAGCUGAUUGUGGGAAAUGAAAGCACUUGAGUGUCACACUGUACCUUGAUUCCAGUUUUUGAAACUUUGUGCACAGAAAGCAGUACAGGACUGUUGUGGCUCUGCAGGGAAUCCUGCUUUUACUGUGUACUUUUUAGAACAAAAUGCAGCAAGAUAAGAAACAAUAACACCUACAGUAAGAGUAUUUUAUAUAUGCCAAAAAGUGAAUGGAGUGUCUGAAAAUAUAUUGAACUGUACCUUUAUAUUGUUUUCAUGCUGGAAAAUAAAUUUUGAUAAAGAUGUAAAUAAA